CUCAGCAGAGCACCACACACAGUCUUCAUCCGUCAUCGCCCAACAACUGUCACACCAUUGUUCUGCAUUGUUCGGUGGUAUUGAUCGGCAUUCGUACGAGUCACGGUGCUUGCUUUUGUGAAUUAUAUUUCCUUUUUGGCGUUAUCUUUUUUUUCGGCCAUUUAAGAAAAGUUGUAACGCUUAGAAAACAAAGAUUUUUAAAAUUCCAAGCUAAAGCUACAUUUUUUAGCCUGGAAAUUAGGAAAUCUUUUUGCUUCCAGAUAGCAACGUAAAACACCAACCAGGAUAAUCACACAAGCCAUCGCCACACAAAAUCAUGCGUGAAGUUAUUUCCAUUCAAAUCGGUCAGGGUGGCAUUCAAAUCGGCAAUGCCUGUUGGGAGCUGUACUUGCUCGAGCAUGGCAUCAAUCACGAUGGCACGGCCAAGACCAAAGAGGAAAUGCUUGCAAGUGGCUGUUCAGCUGGUGUGGUAGGCUCAGAGGGACAAUCGAAUUGCACAAAUGAUGCUCGCACCUUCUUCUCGGAGACGGGUUCGGGAAAACAAGUGCCAAGAUCAAUUUUUGUGGAUUUGGAGCCGACAGUAAUUGACGAUGUACGAAAUGGUCCCAUGCGUGGUCUCUAUCAUCCGGAGCAAUUGAUUUCAGGCAAAGAGGAUGCUGCCAAUAAUUAUGCUCGUGGCCAUUACUCCAUUGGUAAGGAGGUCAUUGACAAUGUAACUACACGCAUACAAAAAAUAGCCGAGCAGUGUGAUGGUCUGCAGGGCUUUUUGAUAUUCCACAGUUUGGGAGGUGGUACAGGCUCUGGUUUCACCUCGUUGCUAUUGGAGCGUUUGUCCAUGGAGUUUACCAAAAAGUGUAAACUCGACUUUGCUGUCUAUCCCUCGCCCAAGGUGUCCACGGCUGUGGUGGAGCCCUACAAUGCCUUGUUGACCACACACUCAUCGUUGGAACAUUCGGACUGUGUGUUCAUGGUGGACAAUGAAGCCAUCUAUGAAAUCUGCAAAAAUAGUUUAAAUGUGGAUCGUCCAGAUUAUCGCAAUCUAAAUCGACUUAUAGCCCAAAUUGUCAGUUCCACAACGGCAUCGUUGCGUUUCAGUGGUUCCAUGAAUGUGGAUCUCAAUGAGUUCCAAACGAAUUUGGUGCCUUUCCCACGUAUCCACUUCCCCCUGGUGGCCUACGCCCCAUUGAUGUCAGCCUCUAGGGCAUCACACGAACAGCAUGCCAUCACCUCCCUGACCAAUGCAUGCUUUGAAUCCGGCAAUAUGAUGGUGAAAUGUGAUCCCCGAGCUGGCAAAUACAUGGCAUGUUGUAUGUUGUAUCGAGGCGAUGUUGUUCCCAAAGAUGUUAAUGCUGCUGUUUCGGCCAUCAAGUCAAAGCGACAUAUUCAGUUUGUCGAUUGGUGCCCAACGGGUUUCAAAAUUGGCAUCAACUAUGAGAAACCUGCAUUUGUGCCCGAUGGCGAUUUGGCGCCUACCUCUCGAGCCGUUUGCAUGUUGUCUAACACAACUGCCAUUGCCGUGGCCUUCAGCAAUUUGUGCUACAAAUUCGACCUAAUGUUCAAGAAACGCGCCUUUGUCCAUUGGUAUGUCGGCGAGGGCAUGGAAGAGGGCGAAUUUACCGAAGCUCGGGAAGAUUUGGCCGCACUAGAACGCGAUUUCGAGGAGGUCGGCACAGACGAUGCCGAACAAGGAGGCGAGGAUGAUUGCGAGUACUGAUCGUUUACUGGACUUUUAAGUAUAAAUAAAUAACAGUUUUAUCAUAACAUUUCUAGUUAUUCCAAAGUAUUGUAACUAAAGGUUAAACAUUAAGAAAAACAAUAAUUACAAUAACAUUCCUAUUGAGUUUCGAGAUAGAAUAUCUGUUAAAUUUGUUGAAAAUAUAAAUAAAAAAAAAGAAUAAAAGUGAAUAAAAAUUCCUUUUUUGAUUAUGCUUGUAGAA